GCUGGCUCACUUCAGGAGAAGUUCAAGAAUGAACACAACUGGUUUGCUGUCAGAUUUUAGUGCUGGCUGCAGCUCAUGGGCAGUAAUGCGACCAGCAUUGUGUAGCAGACAAGCAGAUGUCAGUGACCAUCCACAACAACACUUGUAUUUCCAAGCAAAAUGAUGGUCCAACACUCAGGCCAGGUAUCUGCAUUAGAAGUCAGCGCCUCCGCAAUUGUUCCCACUUUGUCCCCUGCAGGGUCACUGGGGUUUGAUGAUUUCACAAAUUUAACCCCCCUGGUGAAGGAGGAACUGAGGUUUGCCAUUCAGAACAAGCGUCAGUUCCACAGGAUGUCUUCCACUUUGGACACAGUGACUGUUUCUGAAAGGCCAGUUGAAACAUCAACGCUGAAAACAGAGUUUUCUCCUGAAGAGGAUGAAAGAAAAAAGAGAAGAAGGGAGAGGAAUAAAAUUGCUGCGGCCAAGUGCCGAAACAAAAAGAAGGAAAAAACAGAAUGUUUGCAGAAAGAAUCUGAGAAGCUGGAAACCAUCAAUGCAGAGUUGAAAGCCCAGAUCGAGGAGCUGAAGAAUGAGAAGCAGCAUUUGAUAUACAUGCUCAAUCUGCACAGGCCCACGUGUAUAGUCCGUGCACAGAACGGAAGGACACCUGAAGAUGAAAGAAAUCUUUUUAUUCAACAGAUCAAAGAAGGCACAUUGCAAGGUUAAGUGAUACGGCAAACGUGGAAAUAUUUAAAAUGUUUUUAACAGCUACCAGAAUCCGUGGGGGAGUCUGACAUAAUGUGUAGGAUUCUAUUAGUCAAGAGCCUUUAGGAAGGGCAGGUUGCUUUCAUGAGUGGAAAGAAUCAUUUUGGCUUGACAGCGAUUCUUGCCCUUGGAAGAUCUGGUCUCAAUCAAAUUGAAGAGCCUUCUGCCUCCAAUGUAGGGUUUGCACCUGUCAUACUUGCUGUUCCUAGGAGCUACAGACAACAGCUUCUGAAGUUUUAGCUCUGCUAGUAUACAGUAUCUGCACUCACGAGGUUUGUGCUAGAACACUGACUUCCAGCGAUGCACGGGGCACAGGCAGCUGUGCUGGAUGGACACUGCUCUUCCUUGCUGCUGGUAGGGAAAGAAGACUGAGUAUUUUUGAAUUUCCAGGAGGAUGGUUUCUAGCAGAAUGUACUGAUGUGUAAUGUUGCAUUCUAACCUAACACACACAGACACACACACACACAUACACACACACAAAAAAACCCCUCUGUAGUUUCAACCAAGCUUUGUCAUUUUUUUCACAACACUCAUGUGGGUUUUUUCUGUGACUCAUCUCAGUGACUGAAUUUGAAGGGUCUAGUAAGUGUGACAAAGAAAUGUUUCUUGCAAAACAUCUAGGUAGCCUAGCUUGUAUUUUAUGAGCUAUCACCCCAGAUACUACCCCCUGGGGACUACAAUUUUUCCUUGAAUUGCUGAAGAGCAGCUUGUAUCAUCACUUACUGACUUGGUGAAUUAAACCCACUGAAUUGGAAAAAGGAAACUAACUGUGCAGGGAUAUUGAUAGAGGUUUUGCUCAAGUAAAGAACUGCAGGAGUGAAUCCCAGACUCCUGAACCUUGAAAAACAGAAAUAUUUUUUAAAAUUCAUCUAGGAUUUAAUCCUACAAGCCUUAAUUCAUGCUAUUACCCCUCAGUCACAGUAGAGGUUCCAUGGAUUUCAGUGGGUCUGCUCAUGCAGAUAGCUCUUACAGGCAUAAGAGCUUGGCAAAGAUUUUUCCAUCCUGGUCAAGAUUACUUCCUUUUGCCAAGUGAGUCAGAGGGAAAAAUUAUGAUUGUAGCUACUUUUAUUUUAGAUUUGAGUGACAACUACAGUCAAUCAAAAGUUUUACUUAGAAUCUAAAGGAGGCAAGAGUUUUGAUGUAGUGAAUAAUUGUUUAAUUUUUUUAUUAAAUACUAACCUUGGAUGUUUUUGAACUGGUGGAAGAGCUGCUGGACAAAACAGUUGGAGCUAUGAGUGUUGAAAUUCUGAUGUUUCUGUGAAAUUCUCAGAUUGUUUAUUUCUAUAAAAUAUACCCUUACAAUUUUUUUUUGUAAAAGAAAAUAUUAUCCUUAUUUAUCACUAAUAUUAUAAUGAGUAGAGCUAAUAAAUACUGCGAGCAAGAUAAAACUGAAAACACAAGUGUUGCGCUGUCUUUUUACUUUUAUCUCUUGGUGUUUAAUAUUAUAUAUUCCUAAACUUCACCAGUUGUAUUUGAGACACCACUAUUAAAAACACUUAUCCUUCAUCCUUCAUCUUUUUUGAAGAUGAGGCACUGAGUGUCUUGAAUGAUUGGCAGAUAUUGUACCUUCCAAGAUUCUGUACCUCUAUCAGUGGUGUCUGACUGUUCAAUGUCACAAUUUAAACAAAGCAGAAUACAAGUGGAGCUUACAGUGCAUAAUAUUUUACACCAGUUCUGCAGUGUUGAAAUUGUGUGUUUGUUCUAAAGGCUAAACUUGAAGAUACCUCAGCCAUGAGCUUCUUACCCUGCAAGUCUCGCAUGAGUCCAUCACAUAUUGUACCUGGUCCUCAUAUGAUUGUUAUAUUCUGCAACAGAACUACUUAAUACCAUUUCCUAAGGUCUGGAUAUAUUGUAAUGUCCUAUAUCACAUGUAAAAGGUAUGUACUUCAUGUAUCUGAAAAGUGAAUGUAUUACAAAGGUGACAUUCUAGGUCCAAUUCUCUCUUAAGAAUCCAUGAUCUCUCUGUAUGUUGGAAGGAGGUUCUAUUGAUUUCAGUGAGAGUUUUUUUCAUGUAAGCAGAGUUUGCAGCCUCUGUGGCAACUUCUCUGGUUUAAAGGGCAAGUUCUACAUGUAAUUGGGCCAGUGUUUAUCAGACAACAGAUAUACAUGGAGUGUGUACAAUAAACCUGUCAAACGAUGUUUGAUGAUUAUUUGACUUCUGUAACGUGGAAAUACAAAACCAAGGCAUCAGCCUGGGAUCGUACACCUUGGCUUUGCUUUUCACCUCUCAAAUACCAGCAGACAGGGCUGUUUGUCUCAUAAUUGGUUAUAAAGUGUUACCAGAGAGACUGUAAUGACAGAAUUCAUGUGUCUCCCUUAGGGAAUUUGUAUGGUUGCUUUUAACCAUAUCACUGGUGACGCAGGCGUCAUGCUUUUGUUGCUUGAUCUUAUUUACUCGGCAUGCCAAAUGUUAAUAUGUACCACUACUAUUGUCAGAAGAUAAUCUAUUUUUAUUUCUUUACAUGUGCAGUCAUAGCUGCUCUGUAUUGCUUUUGUAUGUGUGUGUGUGUGUGUGCGUGCUCCUGCACGCUGCUCUGGAAAUGAUGGUACUCAGGGUCACUUGACUGUGCCCCAGAAAAGAGUGUUUAAACAGCUACACAGUAUGUUGCAUGAGUUUUCUCAAAGUAUACUUUAUUCAGGAGAACCCUUAAAAUGCAUUAAAAAGCAGUUUGUUUUCUA